GUCCGAGGAGCAGGGGGGCAGGAGCUUCCCUUGUGUUUGCUAAAAGUUGAACUAGCCAAGGGCAAGACCAUGGCAAUGUCCUCUGACAUCUCCAGUGAGGUAACUGACCCCUGGAGAAAAGGCUUUGCUCAGGAAACAUUUCAGCUCAUGCCAUGCUCCCUUAGUCUCCCAGAGAAGUUCAUCCUCACCUGGACAGCAACCUACAGCCCUGGUAGAGAAAGCGGGUGUACAGCUCUCCCAGGCUCUGUGAGGCUUCUGCUAUGACCACAGUUUCUUCGUGUUACCAGGACUGCCCUUUGCUGCCGCAGCCACACCAGAUCCCCAUCCUACCCUAUCUAUCCUUGGCCCCAAGUCAGCAUGGGUAGCGUCAGUAGCCUCAUCUCUAGCCACAGCUUCCAUGGCAAGCAUUGCCGGGCUUCACGAUACAAGUUGGGCAAGUCUUCCCAUCUCAAGAAGCUCAAUCGGUAUUCAGAUGGGCUGCUGAGAUUUGGCUUCUCCCAGGACUCGGGCCAUGGCAAGUCCAGCUCAAAAAUGGGAAAGAGCGAAGACUUCUUCUACAUCAAGGUCAGCCAGAAAGCCCGGGGCUCCCACCACCCAGAUUACACUGCACUGUCUAGUGGGGACAUAGGCGGCCAGGCUGGGGUGGAGUUUGGCCCGUCCACCCCACCCAAGCUUAUGCCCUUCUCCAAUCAGCUAGAAAUGGGCUCAGAGAAGGGUGCAGUGAGGCCCACAGCAUUCAAGCCUGUGCUGCCGCGGUCAGGAGCCAUCCUCCACUCAUCCCCUGAGAGCUCCAGCCACCAGCUGCACCCUGCCCCUCCAGACAGGCCCAAGGAACAGGAGCCAAAGCCCAGCCUGUGCUCUGGGGCGCUGUCUGACUCCGGCCGGAACUCCAUGUCCAGCCUGCCCACACACAGCACCAGCAGCAGCUACCAGUUGGACCCACUGGUUAUACCAGUGGGGCCCACCAGCCGUUUUGGGGGCUCAGCCCACAACAUCACCCAGGGCAUCAUCCUCCAGGACAGCAACAUGAUGAGCCUGAAGGCUUUGUCUUUCUCUGAUGGGGGUAGCAAGCUGGCCCACCCAAGCAAGGCGGACAAAAGUUCCUCAUGUGUCCGUUCCCCCAUCUCCACAGACGAGUGUACCAUCCAGGAGCUUGAGCAGAAGCUGCUGGAGAGAGAAGGUGAGCUCCAGAAGCUGCAGCGCAGCCUUGAGGAGAAGGAGCUGGCCUCCAACCAGGCCUACGAAGAGCGGCAGUGGCGCUGCAAGGAGGAGCUGGAGGGCCUGGAGCAGAAGUGCAGCAGCAAGUUGAAGCAGGCCUCCCAGAAGAGCCAGCGCACGCAGCAGGUGAUGCACCUCCAGGUGCUCCAGCUCCAGCAGGAGAAGCGGCAGCUCCGGCAGGAACUUGAGAGCCUCAUGAAGGAGCAGGACCUGCUGGAGACCAAGCUCAGGUCCUACGAGAAGGAGAAGACCAGCUUCGCCCCCGCACUGGAAGAGACCCAGUGGGAGGUGUGCCAGAAGUCAGGUGAGAUCUCUCUCCUGAAGCAGCAGCUGAAGGAGUCCCAGACAGAGAUCAAUGCCAAGACUAGUGAGAUUCUCAGUCUAAAGGCGCAGCUGAAGGACACACGGAGCAAACUGGAGGGCAUGGAGCUGAAGACUCAGGAUUUGGAGAGUGCUCUGCGUACCAAGGGCCUAGAGCUAGAGGUCUGUGAGAAUGAGCUACAGCGCAAGAAAAAUGAGUCUGAGCUUCUCCGAGAGAAGGUGAACCUGCUGGAGCAGGAGCUUCUGGAGCUCCGGGCCCAGGCUGCCCUGCAGCGAGAGGCUGUGUCUCUGGGGCCAGGACUAGGGCCUGGGCCAGGCACUACGUUCUCUGAGGACAUCCCCGCCCUGCAGCGGGAGUUGGAGCGGCUGCGUGCGGAGCUGAAGGAGGAGCGGCAAGGCCAUGACCAGAUGUCGUCAGGCUUCCAGCAUGAGCGGCUGGUGUGGAAGGAGGAGAAAGAGAAGGUGAUCCAGUACCAGAAGCAGUUACAGCAGAGCUACCUAGCCAUGUACCAGCGGAACCAGCGCCUGGAGAAGGCUCUGCAGCAACUGGCCCGUGGGGACGGUGCAGGAGAGCCCUUUGAAAUUGACCUUGAAGGGGCCGACAUCCCCUAUGAGGACAUCAUAGCCACUGAGAUCUGAGGGGCCUGCUGAGAGAGGGAGAGCCAGGGAUCUGACACUGGGAGGCAGGGGUACAGAGCCUGUCAAGGAGGGCUCCUCUCUCUACUCCCCUGCUCAGUAACUCAGGCCUCUGUGAGAGGCCUUCUCCAGGGCACAGACCUGGGAUUAUCCGGGGGAAGGGAGAGGAGAAGGACUGCUACAUAACCUUUCCAAUCCUUGCCCACAUUUCAGCAUUUACCAUCCCUGCAGCCCACUAGACCUCCAGCUUCCUUAAGAAAUGGAUUCAAGGAUCUCCAUCAUUUGGUUAAGAGAUCUCUAAACAUUACUUUUUGUUCAAAAAUACUUAGACCCUCUCCCAGGUGGUAACUGCUGUAUUGGCCGAUGGCCACCCCAGGACAGAAGCUCGCUUCUUUCUCUUCCCACAACCACUUUUUUGCCGCUGGACACAUUGGGAUGACUUGAGAGUAGAAAGAAGCCAUCUGUGAUCAUAAACCUUGGCACUUGACCCGGUCAUAACCUGAGCUAUUUUUCUCUGGUCUCAGAGCUGUAGGGGUUGGAUCUUGGUAUGGAGGACCUGGCUUAGCAACAUCAGAGCUAUCCCAACCCUGGAAAGCCACAAAAAGAAGGGGAAAUCUGGGGCAUCCCAGGAAUGUCUAGACUCAGCAAAGCCCAGAGGGGGUCAGAGGAAAAAGCCAGGUAGUAAGGGCCAGACCCUGCUGGGCCCUGCUAACUGGAGGUAAGCAGCCUUUGGACAGCUGGUAACCUUUGACCUCAGUGACCACUCUUUUUAAAGCCAUAGACACUGAGGCCCUGUGGUGGGGAGGAUUGAAGGCACUGUGACACAGGGAAGGUAUGGCUUUCCAAAUGUCCCUGGGAGAGCCUCCAGAUCUCUCCUCAUGGGGUUAGAGGUAGGGGUUUCCCCACUUGGUUUAAAUUGGCCAGUGGCUACUCUGAACUUAUUUUCUUCUCAAGAAUCCAGCCUUUGCUUGAUCCAGAAUAACCUAUAUACAACUAAAAUGGUGCAGGGAUGAUCUGACAUUUCCUUCCUUUGCCUGUGGCUCAGUUCAUGGGCAUACCCUUUCCCCUUUGCAUUUCCAGUCCUAAAGUCAGACAAGACUCCUUUCAGGUCAGGAACAAUCCCCAGAGUUUGGUGGGCCAGAGCCCCAGGCAGAGAGAAGAGACACAAAUACAGCCUUAUGAACUACCCCAGGGCCACUGGCUAGCC